GUGCUCUGUGAGUUUUUGUCGUCGCUAAGGCAAUCAAAAAACAACGAUAAACAACAAUGUUUGUUGGCAAAUAAAUUAAAAAAUCGGCGAAAAAUACAAAAAAAAUUGUGUGUACGCGUAGUGUUGUAAGUAAAAGCGUUUGUAAAAGUAAGCGAAAAAGCGACAUGAGCAACAUUCCGCAGCCAAUAGUAAUUUUUCCUUCGGGGUCCCUGUAUGUGGGCGAUUUACACCCUGAUGUCACUGAAGCGAUGCUUUAUGAGAAAUUUUCCAGUGUAGGAUCAUUGGCCUCGCUUAGAGUAUGUCGCGACUCCCGAACCAAGCAAUCCCUUGGCUAUGGUUACGUGAACUUCAGCACUACUCUGGAAGCCGAAACCGUAUUAGAUACGAUGAAUUUUGAUCUAUUGAAAGGCAAACCUAUCAGGAUUAUGUGGAGCCAACGGGACCCCACAUUGCGAAAGUCUGGCAUUGGGAACUUGUUCAUCAAAAAUCUGGACAAGAACAUCGAUAACAAAGCCAUGUACGAUACGUUUUCCGCAUUCGGACACAUCCUCAGCUGCAAAGUGGCUCUGGAUGAUGAUGGAUGUUCAAAGGGGUAUGGAUUCGUGCACUUUGAAACCGAGGAUGUUGCAAACAAAGCAAUUGAAAAGGUCAACGGCAUGUUGCUCAACGGGAAAAAGGUGUAUGUGGGCAAGUUUAUACCGAGAGCGGAGCGUGAAAAGGAGUUGGGAGAAAAAUCAAGACAAUUCACCAACGUCUAUGUGAAGAACUUCGGCCAAAUUAUGCCGGACGAAAAGUUCCACGAGCUGUUUUCCCAAUUUGGCAACGUGACCAGCAGCUUGGUCGCUCGUCAUCCGGAUGGAACCAGCAAAGGCUUUGGAUUUGUGGCUUACGAUGAUCCAAAAGCCGCCGAUUUGGCAGUUUCAGAAAUGAAUGGACGGGAUUAUGAUGGUCGCACUUUGUAUGUUGGCCGCGCGCAGAAAAAGGCUGAAAGGUUGAACGAAUUGCGAAAACGAUACGAACUGGAGAGAAUUGAGAGAUUCACAAAGUUCCAAGGUGUCAACCUUUACGUGAAGAAUCUGGAUGAUAUUUUUACCGAUGAGAAGCUCAAGGCGGAAUUUGAGUGCUUUGGCGAGAUUACGUCUGCUAAGGUGAUGAAAGAGAAUGGUAGAUCUCGUGGAUUUGGCUUCGUGUGUUACACAGCGCCCGAAGAAGCUAGCAAGGCCAUCCAGGAAAUGAAUGGGAAAAUUGUGGGCUCCAAGCCCCUCUAUGUCGCAAUGGCGCAAAGAAGGGAAGCUAGACGAGCAUUCCUGACAACUCAGUAUGUUGCAAGGGCUCAUGCAGCCAGACAACAGGGAGGCCUCCAAUUUACGGGCGGGCCUUCCUAUCUGCUCUCCGCCGUGGCUCAAGGGCCCCGCCUAUUUGGACCUGCUCCCACUAUGCGCCCAGCUCCUAGAUGGUCAACAUUGCAAGCUCUCCCUCGCCCCCCCAAUGGACCUCACUUUGGAAUGCCCCUAUUACCAACGUCGCCUUACAGAACAUCCGCCAGACCGGCCCCUAUGCGGACUCACGCGCGUCCGAUAACUGGCUCUUCCGGUCCAACAGCACGUCCAAAUUCCAAAUACACAACCAGGCAUGGCCCAGAGGUCUCAAUAACUGACCCUAGAUUAAACCAUGCGGCCCCACAAGAACAAAAGCAGAUUAUAGGCGAACAAUUAUUUAGCAUCGUGGAAAAGCUUAAACCAGAGCUGGCAGGGAAAAUCACAGGAAUGCUACUGGAAAUCGACAACUCGGAGCUGCUCAAUAUGAUCAAAAACCAUGAAUCUCUUAGGGCGAAAGUUGAAGAAGCGAUAGCGGUUUUGGAGGCGCACAAAGCAAGCAACAAGGGGGUUGCGGUUCAAGACUAAAACAGACCAGAUAUGUUGUACUUCAGUUUUUGUUGCUGCGGGUGUUUUUAUGUCGGUAGUUUUAAGGUGUUGUAGAAGUGGAUAAGUUAAGGCCACUGUUAACGCGUUUGAUGAAGGCAUGAGUUGUUUCUAUGCCUUCUGAGUUGUACUGUUGAUGCUUAGAAUGAAGCAAGUUUCAAAGUCCUUGGUUUCUCAAUGUUGCCUGUUUACACCGAUUUAGUGAUUAAAACGGCAUUCGUUCAAGUGUUGAA